CCGUCGGGGCGGGACCCGUCGGAGCGCGGCCCCCGGCACAGCGGCCCCCGGCCGUGCAUCUCCACCGGCAGCGACCUCACAACCCCUUCGCCUCCUUCAGCCGCUGGGAGAGCUCCGGCUUCCUCCUGCGGAGGCGGUGCCAGCCCCGGCGACCCGAACGUCUCACGGAGCGGCUCCCUCCAAUCGCGGGCCCGGGGCGGAGCCCAGCGGUGACAUUGAACAGCGCCCAGCAGGCCCGACGCAGUGCUAUGUGGGACCGUGCCGAUAUGGCUGUUAAAUUGCUGGGAAGAAAUAUUCCCUCAGUUCUGAGGAUGACCGAGGGAGUGGACCUGAAGAUAAGCAGAAGGCUGUGCAUUAAACCCCAGCAAGACCUUCAGUCAAAGAUGCGUUUUGUUGGAGUGUUUUUAGGUCGAUCUGCUUCGGGAGUGCCUGGGUACAAGCCUACAGACUGGGAGAAAAGGUUUUUGGUGUGGGCAGGCCAUUUCAAAAAGGCAGAGGAUAUACCAGAGACUGUCUCGCUUGAAACAGUGAGAGCAGCUAAGACCACUCUGCGUGUGAAGUUCAGCUAUUUCAUGAUUGCCUUGACAGUAGUGGGAUGUAUCACUAUGGUGGUCAGAGGGAAGCAGGCUAUGAAAAGACAUGAAUCUCUUAUGAGCAUAAACCUGGAGAAGAAAGCCCAGUUGAGAGCGGAAGGUGCAUCUCCUAAACCGUAGAAGAGGAAAUGAAGUGAUCAAGGACUGGGGUAGAAAAGCAAAGUCCCUUUCAGUACUGAGAGCAGGAUAUUAUCACAUCUUUCCUGUACAUUAGUUCUGUAUGCUCAUGUUCAAGAAAGAAUAAAUAAGUUGUCUUGUAAUCAAUAAAACCAGAAAUAUAUA